AUGGCUUCUGGAGUUUUCAGUUGUCAUUAUUGUGAAGUUCCUCCUUCCAUCUCCUUCUCUGGAUCUGGCUUUUUGGCCACCUACCAGCUAGGGGUAGCCCAGUGCUUCCUAAAUUUUGCACCCUGGAUACUGCGUGCGGCACCUUGUGUCCUGGGUGCAUCUGCUGGGUCUCUGGUAGCAGCUGCUGUCGUCUGUGAAAUGAGCCCGAUUGCUAUGCGAGAUGAGAUGAUACGUUUUGCCAAACAGAUGAAGGCUUUUACACUUGGCCCAUUACACCCCUCCAUUAAUGUUUUCCACUGGUUGGAGUCCAUAUUACACAAACAUCUUCCCUUUAAUGCGCACCAACUGGCCAGUGGGCGUCUUGCUGUGGCUAUGACCCGCAUCACUGAUGGCAAGCUCAUUAUGAUGUCGGAGUUCCAGUCCAAAGAGGAUGUUGUGCAGGCUUUGCUAUGUAGCUGCUUUGUGCCUGUUUACUGCGGUAUGCUGCCUCCAUCCUUCAAAGGAGUACAUUAUGUGGAUGGGGGUUUCAGCAGCAUGCAGCCAGUACUCCCCGCACUCAGCAGUCAAACCUUGACUGUGUCCCCCUUCUCUGGAGAGGUAGACAUCUGUCCUGCCGACACACCUUGCAUCAUGGACAUGGUAGUGAGUGGAAUCACCUUGAAGGGCAACAUGGCCAACAGCUUCAGGAUCAUCAAUGCUCUCUACCCCAAGGCUUUAGAGACUCUCGAACAAGCCUACGACAGCGGCUACAGAGAUGCAGUUAAUUUCCUCCUGAACAACAAUCUUGUCCCGUAUUUGUUGAUACACAGAGUUUCCGAACUUCCACUUAUCUACAACCAAACUCAAACAUGGAGGCAUCUGGAGGCCACCAUAGAGGAAGACAAGGAGGCGAAGAUGGAAAAGGAGACUCCUACACAGAUAUCUUCUAUAGACAAUAGAAGCAUGCAGAUCGACAGUUCUACUGAUCAUGAAUGGGCCAGAAAUCGACUGAGUAAAGAACCUCCUCUCCAUUUUGACUUGAUAAAGAAUGUUCUGCUGGGGAACGUGGUGACCUAUCUAAGCAUGUUUGGACUCUCUGUAAGAAUCUUAUUCCACCUGCUCCUACCCCUCAUGCUGUUGUUUUACCCCAUACUCCAGAGUAGGCACAGACUGGAGGUGUUGUUUAGGAAAGCGCCUGAGUUGGUGUUCUGGGCUUGGUUAAGCCUGAGACACUUCACAUUCUUCUUUUUCAACAUAAUUGUCUGUAGCCUCAAGAAGAACAUAAAUGACCGAGUUACGCGCUUCAUCCUGCUGUUGUUGUGGCUGAAACUUCAAGCACAACAUGAGGCUACACAAGGGCAGAGGCCCUCUACACCUUCAGACGAUGCCCAUCUGCCCAUUCAGAGAUUGCAAGGUGUGGGAGUCUACACAGAUGGUUAAUUACUCCAUCA